GGCUGCAGGGCUGCGGCGCGGACACCACCCACCCGGCAGCACCCACCCGGCAGCACCCACCCCGGCGGCUGUUCUGUUUGGGACGCAAAGUGGGUGAUGCUCCUGGGGCUGAAGCACUGAUCAGAGGCUGUGAAGAAUCUCCAUCUUCUUGUUGGCCAUUGAGUGAGAGAAGAUGGAAGACCCCUACAAGGACAGGACUUCACUCGUGAAAGGCGCCAAAGACAUUGCCAGAGAGGUGAAGAAACAGACUGUCAAGAAGGUGAGUCAAGCAGUGGAUCUUGCCCAAGACGAAUACACACAAAGGUCCUACAGUCGCUUCCAAGAUGAAGAGGAGGACGAUGACUACUACCCACCGGGCGAAACCUAUGGUGGAGAGCCCUGCGAUGAUGAAGGCUCCAGCGAAGCCACUGAGGGGCAUGAUGAGGACGAUGAAAUCUAUGAGGGGGAGUACCAGGGCAUCCCGGCUGCCAACCAAGACAAAGACAGCAUCGUGUCAGUGGGGCAGCCCAAGGGUGGUGAGUCCAAGUCCCGGCAGGACCUGGAGUCGGAGAGGAGGGCUGAUGAGGAAGAGCUGGCCCAGCAGUACGAGCUGAUAAUCCAGGAGUGCGGCCACGGCCGCUUCCAGUGGGCCCUUUUCUUCGUCCUGGGCAUGGCCCUCAUGGCCGACGGCGUGGAGGUGUUUGUAGUUGGUUUUGUGCUACCCAGUGCAGAGACAGACCUGUGUAUACCCGACUCAGGAUCCGGCUGGUUAGGCAGCAUAGUGUACCUUGGGAUGAUGGUGGGAGCAUUCUUCUGGGGAGGACUGGCGGACAAAGUGGGAAGGAAGCAGUCUCUUCUGAUAUGCAUGUCUGUCAACGGGGUCUGUGCCUUCCUUUCUGCGUUUGUCCAAGGCUACGACUUCUUUCUCUUCUGUCGCUUACUGUCUGGAUUCGGGAUCGGAGGAGCGAUUCCCACUGUCUUUUCCUACUUUGCGGAAGUGCUGGCCCGAGAGAAGCGCGGGGAGCACCUGAGCUGGCUGUGCAUGUUCUGGAUGAUUGGCGGCAUCUACGCAUCCGCCAUGGCCUGGGCCAUCAUCCCGCACUACGGAUGGAGCUUCAGCAUGGGCUCGGCCUACCAGUUCCACAGCUGGCGGGUGUUUGUGCUUGUCUGCGCCCUCCCGUGCGUCUCCUCAGUGGUGGCCCUCACCUUCAUGCCUGAAAGUCCACGGUUCUUACUGGAGGUCGGAAAACACGAUGAAGCUUGGAUGAUCCUCAAGUUGAUUCAUGACACAAACAUGAGAGCCCGGGGUCAGCCUGAGAAGGUCUUCACGGUCAACAGGAUCAAAAUCCCAAAACAGAUUGAUGAGCUGAUUGAAAUUGAGAGUGACACAGGAACUUGGUACAGGAGGUGUUUUGUUCGGGUCCGCACGGAACUGUAUGGAAUUUGGCUGACUUUCAUGAGAUGUUUCCAUUACCCAGUCAGGGAAAACACAAUAAAGCUUACAAUUGUUUGGUUCACUCUGUCCUUUGGGUACUACGGCUUAUCUGUCUGGUUCCCUGACGUCAUCAAGCACCUGCAGUCUGAUGAAUACGCAUCAUUAAGGAGGACGCUGCAAGGAGAGAGAUACGCAAAUUUCAGUAUUAACUUUACAAUGGAGAACCAGGUCCACAGUGAAGUGGAGUAUGACAACGGCAGAUUCCUAGGAGUCAAGUUCAAAUCGGUAACAUUCAAAGAUUCCGUAUUUAAGUCUUGCACCUUUGAGGAUGUGACUUCAGUCAACACCUACUUCAAGAACUGCACCUUUAAUGACACUGAAUUUGACAACACAGAUUUUGAACCAUAUAAAUUCAUUGACAGCAAGUUUCACAACUGCUCAUUCACUCACAACAAGACAGGAUGUCAGAUCACCUUUGAGGACGACUACAGCGCCUACUGGAUUUAUUUUGUCAACUUCCUGGGGACCUUGGCAGUGCUGCCCGGGAAUAUCGUGUCGGCCCUUCUGAUGGACAGAAUCGGGCGCUUGACGAUGCUGGGUGGCUCGAUGGUGCUUUCUGGGAUCAGCUGUUUCUUCCUGUGGUUUGGCAGCAGUGAGUCCAUGAUGAUAGGUAUGUUGUGUCUGUACAACGGGCUGACCAUCUCUGCCUGGAACUCUCUAGACGUGGUCACCGUGGAACUGUACCCCACGGACCGGAGAGCAACGGGCUUUGGCUUCUUGAAUGCACUCUGCAAAGCCGCGGCUGUCCUCGGAAACCUGAUAUUCGGCUCCCUGGUCGGCAUCACCAUAUCGAUCCCCAUCCUGCUGGCCUCCACUGUGCUGGUGUGUGGAGGGCUGGUGGGGUUACGCCUGCCCGACACACGAACCCAAGUCCUGAUGUAAAGGGAGACGAGCCUUCACCCGUGCCGACCCUCCUGUCUGACUGAGAAAGGUGGUCAGAGAUCAGAACACUCACUCUCGCUGUGACUCGAAUAUGCAAGCAAACCAUCUGGCCCCUUACGUGUGAUUUUUUUUUUUUUGCACCGGGUUUAUUUUUCUUUUGCCAUGCGUUGUUAUCGUGCCUAACGGUGAUGCUACUGCCUCCCCAACAACAACAACAACAAAAUCCGUGGAAGCAUUUUUGAAAAUGUCCUAGUCAGCCGGACCACCCUGAGAUUCUGCUUGCUAAAGGCUUAGAAGCAAAUAAGAGGUGGCACAGCUGUAAGAAAUAGAUCCUGCUUCUAAUUCUACGCUUACAGGAAAUAGAAGUCGGAAUGUUAUUGAAUUUGUGCUGAAGAGAGGGAUUUUUUUUUUUUUAAGCUGAGUGAUAUUUCCUGGUUACUUAGAAAAGGAGACCCAACAAUUCUCACUGUUAACAGCAAGGCCUUUCAGAUAAAGCCAAGGGGCCCUCCACAGAGCAUGGGUGGGGUCCUCUGGGGCACUGAUGGUCAAGGUGGUUCUGCGGACUGGGAAAGGGAUCUGCGCUUGGCGGCAGGGAGAGACUGCUGCCAGAGGCCCAGUUUAACAUCGGGAAAAAUACACAGCUAAGAAAAAGGGGCCUCAGCGGGAGUCUGGUCUGGCGUGUGGGUCAGAGCAUUAGAAAAGAUCAGAGAGAAAUCUUCUGCCUGUAUUUACCCCAGCCCCCAACACACACACACACACACACACACACACACACACACAUGCAUGCAUAUUGCCAGAUAGUUGGUUCAAGGAAAGAAAGUUUGUUUUUUUUUCCUUCAGGGUCAUCACUGGGGCUUGGUGCCGGCACUAGGAGUCCACUGCUCCUGGAGCCAUUUUUUCCAUUUUAUUGGAUCAGACAGAGAGACAUUGAGAGAGGGUAGGGGAGACAGAAAGGGAGAGAGACGAGAGACACCUGCAGACUUGCUUCACUGCUUGUGAAGCGACACCUCCCCCCCACACACACACACAUACAGGUGGGGGCCAGGAGCUGAACAAGAAAACCUCUUUCUCAAAGCAGGGUCUCCCUACCUGACUCGACCGUCCUUCUAAGCAGUUUCUAGUCUAGAGAUGAUCUGUCACCUAACUUGUAUUGUUGGAUGUUGCAGCUUUUUAAAAAAUAUUUAUUUAUUUCC